AAGCAAGAUUUGCACCAAAGCACAAAGAUAAGAUACCAACAAAUGAAAAUAAAAAGUGCAUGUAAAACGAAAAAGAGAAUUAGAUCAUACUGUUUCUUAGAUAAGACAUAAGCAGGAUUACAUUGGGAAUCACAAUAACUAUCACUCAGAAUGUAGCAAAUAUACAGCGAAAGAUCAGGGAAAGGAAAUACCAGCGACAUAAAUCAGAGGAUAAAUACUAGACGGAGAUAAGAUUGGUCAGAGUUUUCUUCUUUUUUUCCUGAUAAGAUGAUGAAUUCCUACUAACAAGCAUAAUGAAUGCAUUAAACUAAUAGAUGAAUAAAAAACAAACUCGGUCUCUCAUCAUGGCCACUGCAUCUUUUCCCUAUAUAUAAGAUGAAGAUAAGCAAGAUUAUUUUGGGGAAGUUCCUCAGAUCAAGUGUUCUAUAGCAAAGCUGAAAUAAAAAGAUGAUGUGAAGGUAUUAUCUGUAGUUUAAAAAAAAAAUGAUAAAAGUACGAUAAUUGCACUGAUUCUGUCCAAAAUGACGAAUAAUUAUUAUAAUAUCUAUCUACAUGGCGUGUAGUGUGAGAACAAAUUACUUCAUAAUCUAAAUAUUCACUCACGUGUGAUGUAUUUAUUAACAAAUGAGGAGGUCAGGUACUGUCCACUUGUAUAGCUGUCAUCAUUAGCGAGAAUGGAGAUAAGAUUAGACCAACACGAAGCUGAACUGAAGAUCCAGUUAGUUGUGCAGGAGAGCUGAUUGCAGCACCUGGCAAAUCAACUCCCUGCUGUCUACCUUCGGGUCUCAUUUCCUCAUAUUGAAGGUGUAAUGUCUUGUUGUAAUGCUUCUAUCGUGAUGGCGCACUGAUCGACACCGAGGAGACACUCAUCUGGAGGCGUGCACGACGGCUUGACUCAGGUGACGUCAGAAACUACUGGUACUCAUCACGUACCUGGCAGCCUCCUAUGCUCCCUCACGCUCCCAGGAAAACUUCACGCCUGGUCUGAAUGGUUCCUGUCACGCAGCACAGGAUGAGCACCUUGCUUGACUCCCGGCGCGUUACCCUCAUAGUCUUCUCUCUCUGAUUAGUUUCUGACAGAUGUGCAUGAGUUUCGGCAGGCUGCAAGGGAGGGUCGUUGGUGGGUGAGGCGAGGCGGCGACAUGGACGGGCAGCGGGAGGUGAGGCUGCCAUGUGGACAUCAGUACAUGGCCGAGGGUCUGGGCGUGGCUGUCCUCACCUGCCCUGACUGCAAUGUCAAUCACACGGUGGACCUCCGCAAUGCCCACGACCUGCCCCCGGACCUCGAUCUCCUGAAGCCCAGCCCGUGUCCUGUGCACGGGGACCCGCUCAAGAUGUGGUGUAAGGACUGCGAGGAGCCUGCCUGCGGCCUGUGUGUCUUUGACAAGCAUCCCAUGCAAAGCCACAAGGUGAUCGUGGCCACGACGUACAUCAACUCCAUCAGGGCGAACCUUCUCACCCGCUCACACAAACUGCUGCGUCAGACCAUGAAGGAAAUGAUCAAGAACGAAAACUCCUUCCUCGACAGUGAGAACACGCUGCUCAGACUCUUCCAGGAAAGCCAGGCACUGCACCUCAUCGACAACGACCUUCGCUCCCUGAUCCCCUUCAUCGAGGCCGCCUCGGGGUCGCGGUCGCUGCACCUUGCUGAUAGGGAGCUCAAGAGGAUCCAGGUCAUUGCGUGGAAGAUCCCCUUCGACGAAAAUACUGACGACGACGCCUCAUUCCCCCCACAGAGUCCCGUGGAAGCCGCGAGCAGCGGCAUAGGCGCCCUCAGCUUAUGGACGGGCCAGAUUAGUGGUGGGCAGGCGCGGCUCAUGUGGCACGCUGACAGGCUGCUGUUGUGUGCCUUCUCCGGGUCCUCGCCGCACUCGCAGCCCAUCCUGCAGCUGGUGGCGGUGCACUCUCUGGGCGAGCCGGAGUUCCCCGAAGUGUUCCUAGAGCUGAGUGUGGGCACUGAGCCGCUGGGCAUCGUGUACAUUAAGCUGUGGGGGCACCUCCGCCGCGCACAGAACUUCAUGUUCCUCUGUCUGGGUACGCUCGGCCCCUCCUUCGUGGGCUCCCACCUGCUGCCCGUCACCAUGCCUGGCAGUCCCAGUGAGGCCGUGGGGGCGGGGAUGUACCGCGACGCCAAGGGGAAGAUGACUGCCAUGCCCCUCCUGACGGGGCUGGAGUGGGGCGGGGAGUACCAGGUACCGGAGACAAGGGGGCUGCUCGUGGCCAGUUCCGGGGGCAGGCCUGAGAUGGAUUCCUUGUACAGCAUCAUCACAGGGAGCGGCUCACAGGGCGUCGUCUGCCCCUGCAAGUUCGGCUGGGUAUCGUCUGGGCUGGAGUACCUGAGGGAGGCCGCGCGCUACGACCCCGUAGAGCAGGUGAGGGUGAGCCAGUGUGGCCUGGUCCUGCCCAGGUUGUAAGUCUCACUCUGACUCUGUAGGGAUGUGAGAGAGGCAGGAGACGAGUGUUGUGGGAUGUGACGCCACUCCGCUGCUUCAGUGACGUUGAUAUCGGCCACAUGGAUCAUAUAACGUAAGGAGCGCUGAAUUCAUGGAAAGCGGACUGAAGUGCGUGACUGAUAAUCUUAUACAGUGUAACCUGCUAUCUGUUAACCUGCCUCACCAAACAUAGGUAAACACAACCAGAUAAACAGAUGAAGUAUAUAUACUAGAACCAUUGCUGUUCAAGGAUCUGGUAACGGCUGGCGGGUGACUACACCUAUAUAUAUACAAAUGGGCGUUAUCACAGAGACCUUGGCUGUGAUCUAUCAGGGCCGUUCAGCAUCACCUGUUAUAUUCACUCUGACGAAACUUACACACACACACACACACACACACACACACACACACACACAAAAAAAAAAAAAAAAAAAAAAUAUAUAUAUAUAUAUAUAUAUAUAUAUAUAUAUAUAUAUAUAUAUAUAUAUAUAUGUAAAUAAAAAGCGAUCACUGCCUUGAGAAACAACGAUCUGCAUAUUGACAUAAAAAAUAUUAAUUCUUUUUGUAAGCUUCGAUUCUAAAGAUAGCGGAACAAGGUGGCUGGUGAAGGUGUUUGUUGCCUCUGUUGAUGACCUAACAAACGAUGAUAGAGGACUGGAAUUAAACAUGAUCUUGAAUAUUCCAGAACAGUUUCACGUAAAAUUUAUCGCUCAAAAAGACUGCGAUAUAUGAAUUUGCACCCAAACAUGCAUCACGUUAAUAUGAACCUGUAUCUAUGCAAAAUAAAGUUAGCUAGGUAC